GUCCUCGCCCUCCGCCGCGUCCUCCGCGCACAUCGCGUCGGCGGUAGAUGGCCGGGCGAGGUGCGGAGCUCUGGCAGGUGCCCGAGGAAGCAGGGGCGUGCGCAGCUGCGUGCAGGCGGCGCGCCAGGCAGCUUCGCCGGUGGUGGGGCGGGCCGCCCAGCAGCCCCCGCCCAGCGGAGGGGGAGGAGGAGAAGGGGGAGGAGGGAGGGGAGGGUUCCAUGGUGCAUCCUGGUGCGAGAAAGACGAGACGCGAGACAAGCGCCGGAGAAUCACCACUUCCUUGGCUGCCGCAGGUCACUCGGCGAAAACGUGGAAAGCGGGAUCGGGUUGGGAGCGGGAGACGGAAAAAGGAGCCCGGGAUCGGAGAGAGGGGUCUACGGACUGGUGGCUUCUGCGGAGGGGAGGGCAUGUGCCACUGACCUGUGCGAGACAUCUGCGUCGAUGGCUCAGGCUCAGUGCCGAUCCGACUCGGCCCACGGCGCUGUGACACAUCCAGGUCGCGAUUUUUACCUGGAGAGUCGAACUGACACUUCCGCCGUGCCUUUGAUGUAUUGACACGCGCCCCCGACCCUCGCCAGAGGUCGCAUUCCGUGAGAGCCGCAGCGACAGCGAGUCAAAACGAUGGCCCAAUCUAACUAUGAGGCCAUCAGAUCACGCUAUCACAGCGAACCUGCAACGCAGGCAGAAUUCAAAGCGAGCGCGCUGCCGUGUGCCAGAAAGAGGCGUGAGGGACCAUCGAAUCAGACGACCAAGAUGGAGGCCGUGGACUUGGCAACCGGAGCGAUCCUCAUCUGCUUGUUGCCGUAGUCGAAGACGCAAUAAUACUUCUUCAUGAAGACGUCGCCCAUGAUCCACAGGGGCCCGCGCGGCGCUGGCACAUCGAUGCCCAUCAUGGCAAACAAACACGUGCCCCCUGCGUUGAGGACGUAGUCGCUGCCUUCGAGGACGAAGAUGUCUCUGGGUCCUUGCCGCCGAGAGUGACGGUGAGGCUCGGGAGGCUGGCGGACCUGUUGCAGUCGAUGGUCCACUCCUUGGUGCCUGCGAUAAGAGUCGCGCCCGCUUUCUUGGCAAGGGUGUCUACAACGUCCUUCGGGCCCGCGAGGAGGGACGUGCCGCUGUCGAUUAUCGCCUUCUGCGACGAGGCAACGCUCUCGCUGCCAAACGUCAUUUUGUCAAGGCUAACCUCCCAAUAUGUCUCGCUGAUCAAUGGCACGUUGACGAGAUCGCCCGUGAAGUGCGCAUUGUCGAUGCCACCGAACACGAGCUCGCCCUGAGCGGACGCAUCGGACUGCAAAUAGAAUGCGAAGACCGGCUCGUCGACGAGCUUCUGAGCAAUCAUAGUUUCGAAUGGUGUUGGGAUGUUGUACUGUGAGAUGCUUUUGAAACCGAGGCCGAGGAGUCCGUCGAACUUGCCAGCAGCGAAGGCUAAGUUCAGCGGUCCGAAGCUGACCGAGCUCACUUCAGCGAACAGCUGAUCAGGCACCUUGACAUCCCCGACCGUCACCGUGUCAGAGGCAAAGACGCCCUCAACUGGGCCCGAGCCAUACUGCACACUGUACGUGCGGCCAUCUGCUGGAUACGUCGAUGACUUGGUGGCGUCGUAGCGAGGGUGGAACCAACACGUGUGCCAGCUGCAAUUCUUACCCGGCACCCACACGUUGGCGGAGCCCGUGUCGAAGAUCACUUGGAACGUCUGCCCGCCAACCUGGAUCGGUCCGAAGUACUGUGCGUUCUGGAAAUCACUGAUCGGCACGUCGUGCCCGUCUGAACCGAGCAACUGCUGCUCGGCCAGCUGCGGGACCUGAGCAGACAUUCCCUUCGCGAUAUCCCGCAAGCUGACCGUCUUCUCCACCGGCACGCGUACGAUGCCGCCCUGGGCCACGGCAAGGAGAGCAGCCGAAACAAGCUUUGCCAUCGUCCUGAACCUCGAACACGAGAAAGAAGUUCUAGCGUACCGACAGUGUCGAGUAACGAGGACUUGAGGACUUGAGCAGAGACU